GGGGCGGUGGCUGCUAGCACGGGCUGCUACACGGCCGCCAUCACCAUCCGCGCGUGUGUCCCAUCCUAUAGUAAACCUCCGGAGCAGUCCCCGAUGUUCCGUCUCCGUGUGUGUUAGUUGGGGAAGCACGGUCGUGCCGUUUUACGCCGGUGCCUCUCUCGUCUCUCGUCGGCACUGCUCUCCCGAUCUCCGCUCUCUCUGGCCCUCGGCGCGGCGCGGCGCGGUGAGCAGCUAAGCUUUUAGUUAAACGCGCACCUCGGCAGCCGAGUUUUCUGCCUCUCGUUGUCCGCUCCUCGUUGUUCGCGCGCGAUUUGCUAUUAUGUCUUGACACGACUUACCGUGUCCGCCAGCGGCCGCUCCUGUCCUGUCUCUCUCUCUUUUCCUCACGUCAUCGUCUCUCGCGCUUUUUCCUUCCUCACGUCGCAUCCGUCUCCCUUAUUCCUUUUCUCUUCCAUCUCUUCCCUCCCCCCCCCUCACCCCCCUUCCACACUCGCCUGCGUUCCGCGCGCGUGUGUGGUCGCCCACCGUCAUUGUCCGCCGCCGUCUUCUCGCGCUCGGAAGAGAUCGCGAGAUCGUGUGCGACCCUCCUCUCUUCCUCCUGUUUUUCUUUUUUCUCUCUUUCCCUUCCUCUCUCCCGUGUGCGCGACGUCGCGGUGCGGAGGAAGACGGGAAGGCGUCGUCCCCCGAACGGGAAGGUGUCGAAGGUGGCGGAGGAAGUGAUGGAGUAGGGAGGGGUGGAAGGUGAUAGAAGAGAAGGAGAUGGAGGAGGAGAAGAAAGAAGAAGCGUCGAGGCAAGAGGAGUAAGAAAAAAGAGCGCAUUCUCGCGCGUGAUAUUCCCGCGGAUAUACCCGGAGCACGGAGCACGGCCUCUCCCUUUUCUCUCUCUCUCUCUCUCUCUUUCUCUCCCCCUCUCCCCUUUCCGUCUUUUUUUCGUUUGACUCUCGCUCCCCCUCCCCCUCCACCCUCUCUCACCAAUCAUUUUGGCGUUUUCGCGCGAUCACCGCGAGACAUAGGUGCGUGCUCGCGCGAGUGAGCGAGAUGAUUAUUUACAAAGCGUAGUUGGCCGCCGUCGUCGUUCACCGUCCACGCACUCGACACAACGACACACGCCGCCACGAAGGGGAGGAGAGAAGGGAAACGGACUGUGGGCUGAUGUCCUCCAACGAAAAUCCGUCGUCCGCGCGAAUCGCCGUCGAGGAGGUUACCUGGUGGUGACCUGGCCUCGUUCCGCCCAGUCAGCGUCUUUCUCUCUCUCUACCUGCCUGCCUGCCUGCCUGCCUAUAUAUGCCUGCCUCAUCUCGUCGCACAGUUCGCGCUAACCGUGAAACUUGGAGAAUCUAAAAGAAGACUCGGUUGGAAGCAGCGACGCAACUGGAAUUCUUCUCCGUCCCGUGUAAAAGAGCGCGGCGCGCGCGCCUCUCCACGAUUACUCCCUUUCCGUCAUUGUCCGCGAGGGUUCAGGCAGUGAACGCGCGCGUGUGCCACUCGCCGAUGUCCGUUGACGGUGCCGGUGCCGGUUGGGAUACGUUGCGCGUCGCCGCCGUCGCCGUCCGGGUCGACGAUGAGAAGACGAGCGGCACGUCGUCCUAGUCAGUCCGCGACAGACCGCAGCCGAUAGCCGUCGUGGUGGCGAGGACGGAUGACCGUGGGAGAACGAUAACGCGCGCGGCGAGAAGAGUCCAAGUCGAAAGAGAGGAAAUUGCAGCGACAUGUUGACGCGCCGCUGUGCCUUAGAACGCCGAUGGACAACGAACUCCUCCUCCUCGUCGUCGCCGUCGUGAGGCGAAAACCGAGCUGACACGCCUCGCCCCGCCGGAGAGAGAGCGGACGGACGGAACCUGGCAACCGCGACGUCGAGGAGCCGAGGCCGGAGCUGGAGGAGAAAGAGGAGGCGGAGGAGGAGGAAGAGGAGGAAGAGGAGCCGCCGGAACGUAACCCUCGAGGCACCGGCUUCCGCGAAUAUGAGCAUGACUCUCGUCCGGAAUUCGUUCAAAGGCCGUAGCGAGGACGACGCAGGUGUCGUGGAUACGGAGGUGGGCGGAGGUUGUGGCGCGGGUGGUGCGCCAACCGCAGGAGGUGGAAGUGUUGCCGGUUGCGAUGGAGGUGGUGGCGUCGGCAGCGGCGGUACGUGCGGGGGGGUGGGCGGUGGUGGCGACGGCGAGGGCGGAUCAUCCGCGAAGCAGCAGCAGCAGCAGCAGCAGGGUGGCGAAAGGUGCCCUCAGUGCGGCAUCCACUGUCGGGACGUCCGUGUCCUGCAGCUUCACCUCGAGGACACGCACAAAACGUCCUGUACCAUCGACAAGCACGAUCUCAACGCCCAGUUCUCCCAAGUGUCCUGUAAGGUGUGUAGUAAGACCUUUGCCAACGUCUACCGACUGCAGAGGCACAUGAUUAGCCAUGAUGAAAGUGCUGUUCUACGAAAGUUUAAAUGUCCUCACUGCGAGAAGGCCUUCAAGUUUAAGCAUCACCUUAAGGAACACCUGCGAAUUCACAGCGGUGAAAAGCCAUUCCAAUGUAACAAUUGCGGCAAGCGUUUCUCUCAUUCUGGAUCGUAUUCGAGCCACAUGACGGCGAAGAAGUGCUUGAUAAUGAAUCUGAAAAAGUCGAGGCAGAAUACUAUAAGCAAUGUCGAUCGAGGGCAGAAAAAGAUGCAUCAGGCGUUAUCGGGACGACGUGACGUCGAUCUGCUGACGGCCAACAAUAAUACAUUUUUGCCGAUCCUGCCGAAGUUGUCACCUUCGGAAUAUCAGGAGAUACAAAGAGAGGGAACAGGUAUUUAUGACAUGCCAACUCUGCUGCCUCACAUGAUGGGAUUCGGAAAUUACUUCCUGCAGUCUUCGAUAAGUAAGCUGCUGAACCAAUGGCACGCUAAGCGUACCUUCGAUCACAUUACCGAGCAAUUUGAGACGCAUCGGGAAGUGAUGAGUCCAUCGACAGCGGACUCAGAGGGAACGGAGGGCACUGAGGGCAAGGAGUCUCCCGCGCCAGUAGACCCGUUGCAGGGCCUCGAUGCGGUCCGACGAAUACUGGAGACUGUAAACACAUCCGUGACGAAGCAGCUGCUUGAAGCGAAUGUACGGAAGCUAUCCACGUCUCCGGCCACUAUGAAACGAGAGUUGGAAGAGGAUUACCAGGAUCAAGAUAGCGAAAUGUCUAGUGAAAUGACGCAUUGUCCGGACUGGAGCGGAGCGGACCAAUACGACUCGCAAAGUGAAGGUUUAGCCGCAAAGCUUGAGAAUGUCAAUCAACCGACAUCGAGAUCAGCCAAGAGAAAAGCAGAGGACAGUUCCGAAGCAGAUUCGGAAGAUGAAGAUGAGGGCAACCAACCUCACAAUGACAACGGUAAAAGAGUCAGAGCUAGGUCGCUCAUAGACGAUGAACAGCUUGCUGUUCUGAAAGGUUAUUACGCCAUCAAUCCACGACCUAAGAAGGAAGAGAUCAUAAUGAUUGCCGAUUACAUCCAUUUUCCUACUCGUGUCGUACAGGUUUGGUUUCAAAAUUCUCGUGCCAGGGAUCGAAGGGAAUCGAAGAUGCCACCAGCCUUAGUUCCUCUAACACCUCCAGUAAAUCCACCUAUUACUGAACAGCCCUUGGAUUUGUCGAAGAAAGAAGCAGUUGUUAUAUUGGCGACCAAAGAAAAUGAUACAGCGAAUAGAAACACCUCGUCUCCGGGCGAACGGAAGGAUAAUACUGCAACUCUAGCUGUCGACAAUGAUGAUCUCGAGGAUUUGCCUUUGGUCAUAGACGAAGAGACUCCCGCUACUGAUCCUGUUGAGAAUAAGCGUACACCUCCCAGUGGAGAGAUAAUUACAAAGAAUCAAAAUCAAGCGAACGUAAAGGGCGAGAGCGAAGCUGCAUUACAAUCGGAAAUAACACCUACGGCAACAGAAAAUGAGCAGGGUCUUUAUUUCUGUGAUCGGUGUGAGAAAACAUUUUCGAAACAUAGUUCCCUCACGAGACACAAGUAUGAACAUUCCGUAAAUGUGUUUUCAGGGCAAAGGCCCUACAAAUGUGUGGAGUGUCCAAGAGCGUUCAAGCACAAGCAUCAUCUGACUGAACACAAGCGGCUGCACAGCGGCGAAAAGCCCUUCCAGUGCUCCAAGUGCCUCAAGCGCUUCUCUCACUCCGGCUCCUACAGCCAACACAUGAAUCACCGUUAUUCUUAUUGCAAGCCCUACAGAGAAUAGGAAUACUCCGUCUGUUCAUUUGAGGCUCGUUCGCUUAUCUAGAUUAGAUCUUUUCCCAUAAACUUAUAUUAAUAGGUCAUGCACUCCCGUUGGAGGCAAGAAAUCAGAAUUAGUAAAACAGAACAACAGAAAGUCAGAUGCUUUCUUUGUUCGAUCGUGAAAUUAGUGGGGAGAGAAAGAAAGAGGGGAAGCGAUUGCUUUUUUUGCUCUUAAAAAGAGAUACGCAUUAUCCUCUCUUUCUCCAACUCUCAUUCUUAUGAAUUACCAUUUACCUCAUACUUCUUUACUAACAACUUUCAAUUCUCUAAUCAAUCUUAUAAAACCGCUAUGUGGUGAAGGUCAAGAUUGACUGUCGAAUCCGCCAACGAAUUAACUAUUCGAACACAUGGAGACUCACAUUAUUUCACUUUUAGUCUAAUGUUUUCUUACAUUAUUCCUUCUCAAUACAUUGUGUGACAGAGCACAUGUGACACAUGUAUAUCUCUAUCCUUCAAUGUUUACUGCCAACUAUUACAUAAAAAUACACAAUUUUCUAAAUAACCAAAUCUGUUAAAAAUAGAUUUUGAAAAAUGUCUGCUAUAAAUUUUAGUAGAAUGUCAACAGAAAACGAGCAAAAUCAUCAUUUGAUUCUUUUUUCUUAUGUCUUCUGUUUUCUUUAACUAUUCAUUCCUCUCUCUCGUCUCUUGCUAUUCUUCUUAAUUCUUUCUACAAAUCUUCCUUUAUUUCUCUAAUUAAGGGGAUGCUGGAGUUGUCUGUUUUACCAACAAAAAGAUAGUAAUUUUUGUUUAACAAUAUCUUUUUAUUUCUUUUAUAGAUUUGGAAAUCCUUUUCCAGAAUAAAAGAAUACGCAUUGUUAUCAGUCUGUGGAGUGGAAUUUCCUCCAAAAACGA